AUGAACAAGAUCCUUCAGGUUGAUGAAGAGUCGAGAUCGCCGAAAAGCUCAAUCUCGGGUACUGGGGCUUCUACGGCACACUAUACGGAACCCCCACGGAUGCAGGACAUGAUUUGGGGCGCCAUCUGGGGCUCUCUCUCUCUCACACAAAUCAAAGACGCUGAGCACUUGUUCGAGGAAGACGUUGGACCUGAAUCACUCCUGCACUCGGGUGCUAAGGCCCUCGCUGGUAUUGCCAACCCUGUCGAACUCGACUGGAUUAGCUGGUUGGACAACGGAUCGCACUGCUUCUUCUCCCCUAUCUGGAAAGCGAUUGGUCUGCGAGAGCUUCACAAUAUCUGCUGUGUUGUCUACGACAGGAGGAAUAAGGAUCAGCGCGACCGCAUUCGAGCCAUGAUGAAGGACUUGAUCGACGAAGCAGCCAAGAAGGGCUGGAGCGAGUAUCGCACGCAUCUGGCGUUCGAGGAUCAGGUUGCGGGAACGUUCAACUUUAACAACAACGCUAUUCGCCAGCAAGGAUUCAAGGUCGACAAACCGCCAUCCAGAGUUUGCCCUCUAUCUGCCUCUUCUCGCAUCGACGCAUCCCAUUCGUUCAUUCUCAAACCUAUCGUCUCGGCAAACCGAGUCUCGAACCGACAAGCUCACUGUGAUACAUCGACGGCCCACUUACGAAAGCUCCGACUCAUCUGA